GACUACCGAUGGAUGAGGCUAGAUGACAUGAAUCAUUACCAAAUGGAUCUCCUGAAAAGAGGGAUACCCUAAUUCUUUAGCCAGCUCCACCCUUCCAGAAUCCCAAUUUCCGCUAUCUGUCCGGCCAAACCAAGGGCAGUUUCGUCCUAUUCACUAUUCAGUCCUCCGGAGUACCGGCACAAACGGUUAAAACUUAUGCAUAAAGUAAGAGUCAGACGGUCAAACCCUCGCUCCAGCGUUACUCGUCACCUCCACGUGUGCAUCUUAUCCAAUCCACCCCUUUAUAUACCAUCUCCUAUCUCCGACACUCCUCCGUAACCACUUUGGCCCCUAAAAGUUUCCUUAGCCUUAAAACACACACAAUCGCCCCCUUCAAAAAACGCACACAACUCCUCUGUCUCUCUACAAAUACUUACACAAUUUCCACUCCGCUGAUACGUACCACAUCUCUGGUCCAGUGAUCUAAAUGGCGACUACUAUGUUACCGAUCAGCGCAGUCGGAGUGAGAGCCUGUGCGAGUACCGGCCCCCGGAAAGCUGACGUAAAUAACCGGAAGAGUUCAUCUUCCAACUGGUGGUCCCCAAUCUUCGGCUGGUCUGCUGAGCCGGACUACAUUGACACUGAUAACAAGAGAGGUGAUUUAUCAUCUAUUAGUAAAAAGUCGGAGCCGGAUCAGGAUCCUAAGCCGGUGGCAAAAUCUCGGUUUGCUCCUGGUUCGUUCACGGCGGAAAAGGCCAGGCAGCUCCGGAUGAUGACGACUGGGUCGUCUACGUUUCAUGACGUCAUGUACCACUCUGCCAUCGCCUCCAGACUCGCCUCCGAUUUCUCCGGCCGCUCCGAACUAUAAAUCGCCUGCACAACAGCUAUAAAUAAUUUAGAAAUCUGUUGGCGUUUAGGUGGAAGUCGUAGUUAAUUUUUUUUUAUUUUCUUUUUCCUAAUCUUAUUUUUAUUAAUUGAACAAAAUGUGAAGGCCUUAAGAUCAGACGGUAAUGAUGUAGAUUAUCAUGUAUUGUUGCAUGAUAAUGUAGAUCUGAUGAUGGAUAAGCAUGUAGUACUUAAGUAUCUCUCUCUUUUUUAUUGUUGCUUAAGUCAAUGCUUAUUACACUACUGUAUCAUUACAUAUGUAAAUGCUUGUAUGACGUGGAGAAGUCGAUGAUUGGAUUAAAUUAUUUUGGAUGAAGAUCAGAUGAUUCAUCACUCUAUUAUUUAGUUUAUUGACAACUGAUGAUGCGAUGCUUGGCCAAACAAAUCACGGAUUAGUGUCCUCAACUUCAUAUUUUCUUGAUCAACAAAUCACGGAUGGUUGGUUCCGCUGUAUGGGCAGCAAUUGCAAGCAAGAACGAUGCAGGAGUUAAUAUGUGGGGUAGAUAAUUCUGCCGAGGUUUGAAUGGGUAGAAGCCCGAUGCAGUCCAGUACGAGUUAAUCGAACUGUUUUUAGCCAAGGCCUCAGGGAGUCUGUUUGACGACAUUUUUUUACUUUUUCGUUGCUUUUCCAUCCAAGUGGGGUUCACAUUCUGAUUUGACGAUUUUGUUUACUUCUGAGUUCUGAUACCUUUUCAUUCAAAGUGGAUGGCAUAUUCCGGAGUACACUUCUGAUUCUGUGUGCUCUGAACCUGUGGACGAUGGAUGGUGUAUAGAUAUUUCCUCCUAGAAAAAUAGGAGACAGGGAAAGACUCGGAGCCAAGUCCCGGACAUCAAAAUAUCGUCGAGCAUAUAAAUGAAAAAAGAAGAAUAUGCUCUCCAUGUGACUGAUUCAGUCUAUACUCAGAAAAAAAAAAAAAAA